UAUAAGCUCACCGGCGUAGGAUACUACGAAAUACACGGACCACCCACAUUUGCAGCAAAACCUCUCUUCUCCAGAACCAGGAAGAGGUGGGUAGGGUAGUACUAGUACUCCAACCCCAGCUCUAAGCUUCCACCCAUUACCAUAAAGCAUAUAUUCUUUUCAAUUAUGCCUUUUUGAGAAUUCAGGUGUCUUCUUCGGUUCUGAGAUUGAUUCAAGAUAUGGGCAUCUCUUGUGACGACGUCGUUUUGAUCCAGCCGGGGAAAACCCCAGAUGACCCCACCAUCGUUACUAUCAAUUGCCCUGAUAAGGCUGGCCUUGGUUGCGACCUUUGCAGGACCAUUCUUGAGUUUGGCCUGAGCAUUACCAAAGGAGAUUUUUCAACGGAUGGAAGAUGGUGCUACAUAGUCUUAUGGGUUGUUCCAAUUUCUGACACACGUCAAGUUGAUUGGGAAAGCUUAAAAAGUCGUCUUAGUUCUUAUUGUCCUUCAUGUGCUUUCCCAGUUUACUUCAAUCAGCAGUCCACCAUUCCCUCACCCUCUCCUCUCUACCUGUUAAAGUUUUUGUACCUUGAUCGAAAAGGACUCCUACAUGAUGUUACCAAAGUCCUCUGCGAGCUUGAACUGGUAAUUCAAAGAGUUAAAGCGAUGCCAACCCCGGAUGGCAAAGUUUUGGACCUUUUCUUCAUCACAGAUUGCAUGGAACAAUUACACACAAGACAGAGAAGAGAUGGUAUAUGUGAACAUCUGAUGGCUGCUCUAGGAGACCAUUGUAUUACAUGUGAGCUGCAACUAGCUGGACCAGAAUACGAAAGUUCACAAGGGUGUUCUUCUCUUUCACCAGCCAUUGUUGACGAAUUAUUUGGGUACGAGUUGUCAGACUCUGAAGCUUGUUUGCAAGCUCUAAGCCCAGAUAUCAGAGCAAGAGAGAAGGCUUCUAUUACAGUUGAUAAUUCAUUGAGUCCUGCUCAUACCUUGCUUCAUAUAAAAUGUGUUGACCAGAAAGGACUCUUUUAUGACAUUUUAAGGACCUCCAAGGACUAUAACAUACGGAUUGCUCAUGGUAGAUUCUCUUCCAACGUGGAAGGGUUCCGAAAAAUGGAUCUAUUUAUUCAACAAACAGAUGGGAAAAAGGUUAUGGAUCCUGAAAGUCAGAUUGCAUUAUGCUCUCGCUUAAAGUUGGACAUGAUUCACCCGGUUCGAGUAAUCAUAGCCAACCGAGGGCCGGAUACAGAACUCUUGGUUGCUAAUCCAGUUGAGUUAUCUGGAAAGGGAAGACCCCGUGUCUUUUAUGAUGUUACUUUGGCCCUAAAGGUGCUAGGAAUAUUUAUUUUCUCGGCUGAAAUUAUAAGGCAUUCAUCUCCUGUUCGUCAGUGGGAAGUCUACAGAUUUCUUUUGGAUGAUAAUAGUGAAUUUCCAUUGGCAAGCAAUCGAGCUAGAAGUAAGAUUGUGGAUAGAGUUAGAAGAACUUUGAUGGGUUGGUGAGCAAUAUCACUGGUAAUGCAUUCAGUUUUGCUUUUCAGCAGUAGUAACUAUGCUUUUUAUCCAUAUCUGCUGCACCACCCAAGUUUGCAGAGACAACAGGCUUUGGCUUGUAUGGUGUGAGCAAGUUCAGAGUGAGCACAAGACGCUUCUCUGAGACUGCAGAAAUAUUUUGUUGCAACUUUUGUCAUUAAUCAUUUAUAAAUUCUGUAAUUUUUUUUCCUGAUAUUUUCUAGCCAAUUAUUUUUCUUUUCA